CUCACUUCGAGAUUUCUAUCACCUUCUCUCCACCAUCCCGCCAUCUACAUAUCGCAGAAGCCGUCAAAAUCCUGCCUCUGUCACUGUCGCUUCAUCACAGAACGCAUCUUUGACGUUCUUGCGCAACUUUGAACGAUCCGCUGACAACGACUUUUCGUGUUCAGAAAAACCUACGGCUUUUCCUUGACUCACGAGACCUUCACUGGUUGAACGGUCACAGUCAGAUCCUCAUUUCGUUAACGCCUGCGCUGUACUCAAAUACACUGCGAUAACUUCUUCCCGUACCCGGCUCGCACACGGCUUCGGCUCCCGCUCAAGAAAGUGUACGACGAUCUUCGACCUCCGCGUCUGCGUCUACACUACCUAUCCAUUCAUUCAAAUCCAAUAAUAAAUUAAAAGUCCUGUCUCAUCGGUUUCACUGAUCACCUUCACUACAUUACGCGCGUGACAACAGCAGGCUGAGUGAAAGGAGCCUUACAGCCUGUUGGGACAUAAUUCGGCCUCACCGGCCUUUACCUUGAUUACCGCCAAACUGUAUUCCCCGCUGUUCGUCAAGACCUUUGCGAAUAACCACAACCUCCGGACGACUUACAAGGGUAUCAAGCGACGUCAAACCCAACGCCUGCAAGCGAAGAUUGGUGGACGUGUGAUAAAGAAAUCAUCCGGGUCCAAACCAAACAAGAUGUCCACUGCGGGCGUCGAGAAUCAGCCUCCUGAAGCACCGGCAUGGCGAGAAAACCUCAACACACAUCUCGUAUGUCCCGAUUGCAAGCAGAUCCCUCCUGAUCUGAUCGAAGAGAACGCCGAUACCAUCUGUGCCAACUGUGGAAUGGUCCUCGCUGAACGUUUAGUCAGCUACGAGUCCGAGUGGCGAACCUUCAACUCUGAUGAAGGCAAAGGCGAGGAUCCCAACCGUGUCGGUGAAGCCGACAAUGAGUUGUUUCUUACCAACAACGCUGGUACUAUGAUUGGCGGCGGCGGUCCCAAUGUAUCGAAGGAGACACGGAAGCUCAAAAAGGCACAGGCAAUGCAGCAGGAGAACAAGGCCGACAAGGCUCUGCAGACCGCUUAUGCCCAAAUCGAGGCCUGGGGGGAAAAAGCCAAGCUCACGGCUACGAUCAAGACUACCGCAAAAAUGUACUUCAAGCGGGUCUACGAAGCGAACGCCCUCCGUGGUAAGCAAACAGAGGUUAUCUUGGCCGGCUGCCUCUUCAUUGCGUGCCGUCAACAUCAGGCACCUCGUUCUUUCAGUGAGAUCUUCGGGUUGACGUCGGUUCCCAAGAAGGAGAUCGGACGAGCAUAUAAAAACCUGGAGAAGUUUCUAACCAAAUCAUCCAACGAAAAUAUUCAGGCUAUUGAGGAGAGCGGCGGCAUUGCGAACCGGAAUCUUCUGGGCUUCAAAAGUACGCAGUCAACCAAAGCCGCAGAUCUUUGCGAUCGGUAUUGCAACAUGGUUGGACUGCCUUUCCGAGUGUCGACCAUUGCUCGAGAGCUUGCACAAAAGAUACCUACCGUCGAAGGAUUGGCUGGGCGAAGUCCGUUGUCCAACGCAGCUGCAUGCACCUAUUUUGCCAGUCACUUAUUGGGGUUCGGGAAGUCCACGAAACAGAUCAGCGAAGUUGCCGGCGUGAGCGAUGCAACUAUCAAACACGCCUACAGAUAUCUUCUUCAGGCAAAAGACUCCUUGGUUGAGCCUGGCUGGUUGGGUGAGCAAGGAAAUGCCGGCGGGUUCGGCGAUCUGAAGAAUCUUCCGGGUGCUUGAUAGCAUUCAAUACGCCCGGUUCAAAGCUCUAUGUUUGGCGGUUGGAUUGAUAAUCACACAGCAUAAGCAAAUUGGGUGACGGUCGAUUUUGCAUGGGCGGCUGUGCCUAAACGGGCACUCACAAAAGUCAGGUGUUCUUAUGACGGCGGCAGGGAUGAAUGGGUGGCUAUGGUGCUUGAUGGAUCAAUCAUAUUGUUCUGAUGCUUUUUCUCUGGGCAUUUUGCGUGCCAACAUGACAUAGCAUGGCGUUGAUCGAGGGACAGAUACCCACCACACUGGAGAGCACAGUCGUGCAUGUAAUGUUAGAGCCAAUUGGCAAAAUUGCGCACUGGGUAGAGAAUACAAAGAAUCAACCUUGA